AGCAGCCACGGGGAAAAAAGAGGACGAAGCAGGAAGCGAAUGAACGGUGUCAAAUGACCGAGGCGCAAGCCAGGCCCUCCAGGAAGCGGUGUCAGCACGACGAGCAUUCGUGCGUCGUUGGGUUGUGCCACAAUCGGCGUGCAACUUUCUCGCUCGCAGAUUUACAAACACGGAAGAGGCAUGAAACCGGCUGAGUAGGUUCUCCAGUGGUCGCAGUGCACGCAGGAUCGCGCUAGCGCACGGAUCGCAUCACGUCCUUGACGAAACAGCCUCACAAGGGUGACGAGAACCCGUCGAAUGGCAGGAUCCAGGGCCCUAGACUGAGGAACGAGAUCCUUCUGCAGGAGGAUUCACUGGGAAAGAGCGAAGUCGAUGUUGGAAAGCGCGGCAAUAUCGAUCUGAACGGGAUGCCGGAGCUGAAGGACGAUCAGGUCCAGGUGAACGACGAAGAGGUGUGCCUGGAUCUCGGGGAACCCUCGCCGGAAGUGAUGGAGUACGCGAGGAGGGAGCUGGGAGAGACGGAUGACGUGAAGUGCAGGACUCUUCAGGAACUGAGGGAUAUGAUUUACGAAAGAGGAGAGUGCCUGCCGCACCGGAUGGACGACGAUUUUCUCAUCAGAUUCCUGAGGUCGAGGAACUUCAACGUGAAUCGGGCACAUAGAUUGAUCGUGAACUACUGCAACUUCAAGGAGGAGCACCCGGAGAUCCAUCAGGACGUGAGUCCAGUGGAGAUGAAGCACAUAGGCGAGGACGACGUGAUGACAGUGCCAGCGUAUAGGACCCAGUGUGGCAGAAGGAUGAUGAUAUAUCGACUGGGAAACUGGGACCCGAGGAAGUACCCAGUGGAAGAGCUGUUCAAAGCCACUGUCAUCAUCCUGGAGCUCGGAGUGCUGGAGCCCAGGGCUCAGAUCCUCGGCGGCGUGGCCAUUUUCGAUCUGGAGGGCAUCACGAUGGCGCAUGCGUGGACCAUCACUCCUCAGAUCGCCAGCAUGGUGAUAGCACUGAUGGUGUCAGCGUUCCCGAUGAUAACCCACGCUAUACACAUCCUGCACCAAUCCUGGGUGUUCGACGUGAUAUUCUCGGUGUUCAAGCCACUGUUGGACGUGAGGAUGCAGAACAAGAUCUUCUUCCACGGCAGCAACAUGGACAGCCUGCACAAGCACAUCUCGCCGUCGCAUUUGCCGAAGAAGUACGGCGGGACCAGGGAGGAAUUGGCUUACUAUAAAUGGAUCGACAACCUCAGCAAAGUGCCUCAAAUCGUCAAAGAGAUGAAGCAGCUAGGUUAUAUAGUCCCGGAGGAGAUGCAGAAGCAGUUAGACCAAUUGGUCGAGGAUUGAAUUAGGACGUGCCUCAGGGACUCCGUCUCGAGCUGAAUAUCAGCUCCCAUUCUUGAUUAACAUACAAGCGUACUCGAUUCACCGUAGCUCAUAGACAUGUCUGUCCAGUCGGGGUCCUAGGAUCCUUGACUCUCCUAUUACUCUCACCUUUUAUAUUCGCCCCUCCUCUCAGAGGAUGCAUUUUUACUCGGAACACGUAUUGUAACCGCGGUGCAACCCAACUAUAUGUCUUGCACACGCUAUCUAUCGUGCGUUUUUAUGUUUUGUAAGGUCCAACGAUCUUCGAGCUCCCCAUCCAGGGGCCGAGGUAUCGAUUAAACGUUUUCAGGAAAGAAA